AUGGAAGCAGUUCAAACGGUACUUCAGCUAUGUGAAGUCAUGCUUUUUGAUGACUCAUGUAACUGUCUUCCGCUAAUCUUUUGGAAUGAAGACUGGAUUCACAUUGCAUUAACAGCUUUUAUACCAUAUUCUACCGUUUUAUCGAUUGUAAACUGUCCAGUUCGUUAUGAUCGUUACCGCAAAGGUGUGGUUGCCUCACCAAACUCAAAAACUUUAAUUAUUAUCUCACCUGACUGUGCAGAGGCCAAUCGUUUAAGUCAACACUCCAAACAUCGGACUCAAAGCAUAAAUAUUUUGGAAAGCGGUCACACUUCAUUCACUGUUGAGAAUCUGGAUGACAGACUAUUACAACCUUUACCAAUAGGGUAUAAAACGGCUCAACCGGAGGUUUACAAAGUCCCUCUGACAAGUAUUCACAAUAUAUUAACUGUUCGAGACCUUAAAGAAGGAAAAGUUGUCGCUGGAUAUGCUUGUACAUUCGCCUUAUUUACUAAAAUCGAUUUGGAUUGUGAAAAUUCACAAUACCUCAUAACACUGCAGUGCUCUAAUUGUCAUGGUCGUUUGAGGUCAUGUGAUCCGCCAGCAGACUAUGAUGUGGAAGCACCUGGAAAAAAAUUUGACCCAAAUGUUAAACACAUGUUUGCAAUGUGUACUACUCCGGGUUGUCCGACAAGUGGACAAAGACUGUCUUGGUUUGAUAAACAACAUGUAAAUAUGGAAUACGGUACCUUUGUUCAUCUAUCAGACCAUACAGGAACAUAUUCUAGAUGUCUUUUAGCCAGUAUUGCAAUGGAAAAACUUUUAGGAUGCAACGUCGAAGAAUUUUUACAUUUACCAAUGAAAAAACGAGUUCGUUUGAAGUGGGAGUUCUGUCUAAGAAGAUUUAAGGUUUAUUUUUGGACUGAACAGAUUAGUUAUAAUAAUCCAUCACCUUUAAUCGUUAUUAUAGGCGUUGAAAAACCUAAUGCUUUUGAAGUAAUGCAUUCAUUGAAAUUAAACAGAUAA